AGAUGAAUCUUUAACAGAUAACGCGUGACCAACCUCCAAUAAAAUAGGAGAGAGACAUACACACACCAUUGGUCAAUAUAAACCCAACACACACAUACACAAACCAAACAACUAUCGAAGUCUUUCAAUCAAGUCAACGGAAACCAUGGAUUCAGAGAUCGCCUACGACUUCUCUCCAGCGUUCAUAAUCUACAAGAGUGGCCGCAUCGAGCGCCUCACCGGUGAAGCCAUCGUCCAAUCUUCUUUAACUCCCCACAACGGCGUCGUUUCUAAGGACGUCGUUUAUUCUCCCGGCGAGAGUCUCUCCGUCCGUGUUUUCCUCCCGGAGAAAGCCGCGAAGACCGGUGAGAAGCUCCCUCUCCUCGUGUACUUCCACGGAGGAGCAUUCAUCAUCGAAACCCCUUUCUCACCGACUUACCACACUUUCCUCACGACGGCUGUCUCUGCUUCCGACUGCAUAGCAGUGUCGGUGGACUACCGGCGUCCACCGGAGCAUCCCAUUCCGAUCCCUUACGAAGAUUCAUGGACGUCUCUCAAAUGGGUAUUCAACCACAUCGCCGGUUGUGGACCGGAGAAUUGGCUGAACAAACACGCCGACUUCAGCAAAGUGUUCGUCGCCGGAGACAGCGCCGGCGCGAACAUCACUCAUCACAUGACGAUGAGAGCUGCGAAGGAGAAACUGAGUCCCCAUUUGAGCGGUUCAGGAAUCUCGGGAAUCAUCUUGGUUCAUCCUUACUUCUGGUCGAAAACACCAGUCGACGACAAGGAUACGACGGAUGUAACGACAAGGUCCAGAUCGGAGACGCUCUGGAAGAUAGCGAGUCCUAGUAGCAAAGACGGAGUGGAUGAUCCGUUUAUCAACGUCGUUCAAGCAGAGUCGGUGGAUAUCUCAGGCUUGGGAUGCGGAAAGGUUUUGGUGAUGGUGGCGGAGUUAGAUUUGCUAGUGAGGCAAGAUUGGUGUUACGCGGCGAAGAUUGAGAGGAGUGGUUGGAAGGGAGAAGUGGAGGUGAUGGAGACUGAAGGAGAAAAACAUGUCUUUCAUUUGAAGAAUCCUGAUUCUGAGAAAGCUCAUGAACUCGUGAAGAAGUUCGCAAGCUUUAUUAAGGGAGACAUCUAUUUAUCAAGAUCAGAUUCGAAACCAGUUAAGAAACAUAAUGGAAAAUUCUAGAUGAGAGGAGUAGUGAUUAAACCUGUUAAUGAAAAGCUUUCUAGACGGCAAUACAAAAGGUAUUUCUUGAAUUUCUCAAACUCUAGAUAGACAGUUGAGUAAGGCAGGAACUCAGAGAAGAGGUGGUUAAUAGCAACAGCGAGUUUCAGGAUUCAAAGGUUUUCCUCAUUAGUAAGUGUAGGAAUAAACCUCACUGGAUGGCACCCCAAAGUUCGAUGAGGCCAUGGAGCGCACACAACUGUUUUUAUGAAGAAGAGGGAAGAAUGGAAACGUAUGCGACCAACAGUUUAUAUAUUUACUUGAAAAUACUUUACAAGUCAUCCAAUGUUUGGAAAAUGGUAUUGAUUCAUUUGUGUAUAGAUCUCUUCCACGCAACUUUGGACAUUAAAGAGACAUGACCACGCCA